GCCCGUUUUUCAAGUUAAACUUAUCAAACUGAAUUCAUAAUAAAUUUCUUAUCUAAAUUUGAGUUAAAUAAAGAGACACAAAUAAGCAAGAGAUAAGAAAAAUAAAGUAGAGACAAUUUAGUUAGAGACGAAAUUUACAUAGAAACAAAUGUCUUAUUGCCAACAUAUCAGAUGCAAGCAAUCAGUAUUAUUUCAUCUGUGAACAGUUCAAGGUUUGUCGCAACAUUGUCUUGUUUCGCUCGCAAAAUGUCGUCUUCCACGCAAAAUUUGCAAAAACGCGUCCUUUCCAUCCAAAGUCACGUCGUUCACGGAUAUGUUGGCAACAAAUCAGCAACUUUUCCUCUUCAAUUGCUCGGAUUCGAAGUAGAUGCCAUAAAUUCCGUGCAAUUUAGCUGUCAUACGGGUUACAAAGUCUUCAAAGGUCAAGUUUUGAAUGAAACGCAAUUGGAUGACGUCUUUAAUGGGCUCGUUGCGAACGAUUUGCAUUCCAAAUACACGCAUCUUCUUACCGGUUACGUCGGAAAUGUCAACUUUUUGCAGAACAUUGGAGCAAUUAUCAAGAAACUCCGCGAAACGAAUCCAAAUCUCGUUUAUUUGUGUGAUCCCGUGAUGGGCGAUGAUGACUUUAUGUAUGUCCCAAAAGAACUUUUGCCUAUUUAUCGCGAUGAAAUUGUUCCUUUGUCGAAUAUUUCGACGCCGAAUCAAUUUGAGGCUGAAUUACUCACCGAUGUGAAGAUCAAAGAAGAAUCCGAUGUUUGGAAAGCCUGUCAAUGGUUUCAUGAGAAGGGCGUUUCAACUGUUGUCUUAUCCUCAACGACUUUGGGCAACGAAAAAGAGCUUUUGGCAUAUUUGAGUCAUCGUACGAACAAAAACGAAAGUCAACAAUACAUUUUAUCGAUACCAAAAGUAGAAGGAAUUCGAUUCACGGGUACGGGAGAUUUGUUCGCUGCAUUGUUUAUGGCUCAUGCGAGCGAAAAAGACGUUGGAGAAGCAUUUGAGAAGACAAUUGCGAGUUUGCAAGCUGUCAUUCGUCGUACAUAUGAAAGUGUCCCCGAAGAAGUGAAGAAACGCGAACGAAAAGCUCUUCCAUGGGAACGAGAAUUGAAAAUUGUUCAAAGCAAACGAGAUAUUGAAGAACCAAAAGUAGAAUUAAAAGCGAGAAAGUUGUAAAAAGUCACAAAAAACGGACAAUAAAUUAUCACAAACGCGA